AUGCAGCAAUCACAGUCUUCGGCGGUGCCGCCGCCAGAAUACACACGAAGGGAUCCAGCACCAUUGACACCAUCAACACUGCUGGGCUCCUCCCGGACGCCAUCUCAAGGCCCUUCUUCUCAUGUUCGCCCACAAUCUCAGACCCAGACGCAGCCUCAAAUACCAUCAUCGCAAGAACCUCACACCUCUACCCCUCCAACAUCCACAACAACCACUCCCUCCUACGCCCGCCCACCCUCACCAACCCCCAGCACCCAAACAACAGCCUCCACAAUCCUACCCUCAUACGCAGACUCCGGCAGCUACAAAGGCUUCCCCAGCGAAGCCGCUUACAUCGCCGCAUUGACUGAAUGGGCCGAGCACAAGAAAUACAUUCAACCCAGUGAAGAAGCACAAUCGCUGUCUGGAUUCUUUGGGUACAAGACUAUGGAGGAAUAUAGUGAAAGAGGCGGCGAGGCAAAGGCGGCGAGGAAACAGAGUCAAAGUGGAGGGGAAAGAGGAGGAGUUUUGGGAUUCCUGAAGAGGAUGGCGAAGAAGGACGAGGGGGGUGGGCAUGGGGAGUGA